AUGUCAUUACAUUCAUCAGUGCUACAGGCUAACAAACCAAAAAUCCCGCCACCACCGCCAACAAAUGGUUCGUCUAACCAAAUGAAUGGAAAUCACGAGACCACUGCUUUGGAUUUCGAGCCUUUUAUUUUGAUCCUGCCAUUGCCCAAGCGGGCACAAGGGAUGAAGUGCAGAAAAUCCAAUUGUUGCCGUCUCUUGUUAGUCCCAGCUGAGGCGCGGCCGUCGCGCCGAGUUGGCGAUGUCGCCUCGGCCCGCCCCGUCGAGCUUUGGCCACCUGUUAGUUGGAAUCAAGACCGUCAGGUGUUCCCUCUUCUAUCCCACUGCAGGCUGAGUUCGCCACAGAUCGAUUCUGAUGACUAUAUUGAUGUUUUCUCCUGGCUAGUUAUGUUCGUCGCCUGGAUCUAUCGAUGGUUCUCACCUGCACAUCCAGGUAGAGGUGACGUUAUCGCGGAGCUGUCUUCUACAAGUCCAGUUAGCGAAGAAUCGCAAGCUUUACGCUCGAGAUCUGCUUCUCUUAAUAGUUUCAAAAGCUCCACACAAGCCGAUAUUCAAGACUUUGGUUGUGGAGAAAUCAGUCCCAAGUCUAAUGGCGUUAUUGCUGCUCAAAAAUCCCCUAACGGUCAGCAAUACAAACCACGACCUCUUCAGUUUGGUAUUCCUGCUAUUUGCUCACGCUUCAAUUCUAUUUUAUUUGGCCCUUCAUGGAACGACUACACAACUGAUGAUGACCAAUCCAUAAUUAUCGAAAAUGUUCGGUUGCCACAUAAACACAGCAGCGCUGGAGAAGACCAGUUAGAGUUGGACAACUGGGCAUGUAAUGAGAAGGACGGCUUCGUUGAACACCAAAUAUCUGUCGUCUUUGCUCCGUGUUUCUCAAAUGAACUUGAGACUACUGUUCUUUUACCUGCAUCUUGCAGCAUGCCCGGAUUAACGGGACGAGUGAGGUCCGUCGAUAAUACUCUACUUCAUACGUCAUUUACGGUUCCGCUGCGAUCGGAAAGUAAUCAGGAAGACUUCAGCGAUUGUUAUAGCUGUAUGGACGGGGAAUCAUUCAUAUCAUCAAAUGAUCUACCCUAUAGUGAAAUAUCUGCUGAACAAAACUCUCCCCUUUCUGAUGAGUGCACUACUACUGCCUUUCUGACAUUGCCUCUUCCGAGACGUGAUGUGGAGAAUACAACACCAAAUGGCAACACUAUAAUGAAAAAGUCGAAAACUGAGGACAACUGCUUCCAAGGUAUUGCGACCAUGCUUUUUUAG